AUGUCGUCAUAUGAUUGUGAUGACAUCAAGGAAAUGUCCAAACAUCCAGAUAAAAUUCCACCCUUGGAGCGGCGGGUCAAAGGUUGGAUUAAACGGUUGGAUGAGAUUCUCAAGGAAAGUGAGCAAAUCAGGAGAGAAAACGAUUCCUCAGGACCGCAGGAUGAGUUAGAAUACUGGAAGAAGAGGGGGGCGCAGUUUUCCCAAAUAGUCACUCAGGUCAACUCGAACGAAGUGCAGUUGACCAUCCUCUGCCUGAAACUUGCCCACUCAAAAAUUCUGAAAGACUGGCGUGAAACCGACAAGAAAAUCACUUUUUGUUAUAACGAGGCGAAGGACAACGCCAAGUUUAUCCAGUCUCUGGAAACUAAAUGUCAUUCUUUGUAUCUCGAUGAUCCAGUCAAAAUGAGAAGGUCAAUUAUGGGAUUGCUGCAAACAGUUCGGUUGAUACACAGCGUUUCACAGUUCUACAAUACUUCCGAAAGAACUUCAGCACUCAUGGUUAAGAUAACGAACCAAAUGAUAGAAACCUGCAAAGAUUACUUAACAUGUAGAGGCCAGGAGAGCAUCUGGUCUCAGGACAGAGUUCUGAUCAAGGAUAAACUGACCCAAUGUAUCAUUUUGAACAAGGUUUAUCGAAAAACGUAUUCUGUUGUGAAAAGUCAGCCCUUUUUACCGAGACAAGAACCUUUCAACUUUUCGGAGAAUUACGUUUUUGGAAAAUUCGACGCUUUCUGUAGACGGCUCAUGAAGAUCAUAUCCAUGUUUGAUUUGAUUGAUGAUUACAGUGGGCUCUUUCAGAGGAGGAUGGAAGGUCUGCUUCUUGGUGAUGCUUUGGAAGAGGCCAUUCAAAAGUUCACCGAAGUCAAACAAAUUGUCAUGAAUAAAACCUACGAUUAUUUGGAUCAGAGAAACAAUGAAUUCGAGAAUGACUUCAAAAGCUUCUUGGUGCACACUGAUGAACUGAGAGAUAAUAUUGCCGAAACAAUAGAAAGAAACUUUGACAGUGUUUGGGAGACGCCACAGGGGAUAAGAUUCCUGACGAGAUUUGAAAAGGUUAGCGAAAAAAUACCUUUAGCGAAAAUGGACGAGAAAUAUGACAGGAUUCUAAAAUAUUGUGAGAAAGAGGUCGAAAGGAUUAUAAAGAUGUACAAAAAACAAAAAGAUGAUCCUCCAGUACCAAGGAUGUUUCCCCCAAUAGCCGGUCAGUUGUUAUGUUUUUAUCAAUAA